AUGUUUAGUAAAUAUUUAAGUAAUCUUAAUAGUAAAUGUUAUAUUACACAAAAUUAUUUGUGAGAACUUAGAAUAAGUUUGUGAAACAUUAUUAUCUUAAAUCUUGAUUGUGAAAUUAUGUCUCAAAAUAAUGACCAGGAGAAUACUCCAAACAACGAAAGAAACCAAAGCCCAUUACAGACAGAAAAUGCCAUUUUUGGUAAUGAAGGACGAUCCCUGAAGAUCUCAUGGCACAACCUGAACUACACAGUGAAGGCAAAGUACACAAAUGAAGAGAAGCAGAGGCUUGGAGUGGACCAAAAGUAUUAUCAGAAGGAAAUUGUCAAAAAUGCUUCUGGCUAUUGCCAAAAAGGAGAUGCACUGUUUAUCAUGGGAUCUUCUGGGGCUGGCAAAACUACUCUACUCAACAUCCUCUCUGAUCAGAUUUCCAAGAAGAAGGAUACAUCUUUGGAGGGCCAAGUACUGAUCAAUGAUUCGAUUAAAGUGACCAGUGAUAAUUUUGGCUCUUUUGCUGCGUACGUAACCCAGGAUGAUUACCUUUUUGAGUCAUUUACAUGUGAAAAAUGUAUUGAAUUUGCAGCAAGGCUCCGUCUUAACUUGUCAAAAGAGGAAACUGCAUCCAGAGUUGAAGAUAUCAUCGAGAAGAUGGGCCUCCAGAAGUGCAGAAAGACCAUGGUCGGCAAUGAACGUCUCAAAGGGCUUAGUGGAGGCGAGAAGAGGAGAACUUCUAUGGCUGUCGAACUUGUGACUAAUCCGGAUAUUCUCUUUCUCGAUGAGCCUACUUCUGGGCUUGAUAGCUUCACUGCUCAAAAGAUCGUAGCUUUACUUGUUGAUUUUGCGAAUAAAGGAAAGACUGUAAUUGCUACAAUCCAUCAGCCAAAUUCAGAGGUUUUCCAGAGUUUUCCUAAACUACUGUUGUUAAUGGAUGGCUACACGAUUUAUCAAGGAGAGACUAUGGCUAGUGUUGAUCAUUUCAAAUUACUCGGAUACCCAGUUCCAGAAUUUUCAAACCCUUCUGAUUUCUACCUGAAAGAGUUCUACAUUAGCUUUGAGAGAACCAGGGAUGAGGAAGACAAAAUGAGAGUCUUGGUUGAUGGAUAUGAUAAACAGAUUCAUCCUCAAAUUGAAGCUGGGAUGAAAAGCACAAACUAUGACGAAGUUACUGAGAAAGAAUUACAAAAAGGAAUGACCCGAGCUGGCUUUUUAUUACAGUUUUGGAUCCUUCUGAGCCGCUCUACCUAUAAUGUAUUCUUCCAUCCUAUGAUCAUUAAGUUUAAAACAGUCGGAGUGUUGACAAUUGCUCUUGUAUGUAUGGCAGUUCUGUGGGAUCCAGGAGAGGAUAGAGAAGGUAUCCGAGGAACGAUUGGUUCGUUUUUAUUCAUCACAGCUACCUUCACAUUUGCUCCCAUUGCCACGACGGUAAGGUCCUUUUCUGCAGAGAAGCCAGUGUUUAUGAAGGAGUAUAGCAAUAAGACUUAUGGCCUAAUUCCAUAUGCAAUCUCAAAUUCACUAGUAGAGAUACCUUUUGAGUCAACAUAUGCAGCGAUAUUUGCUAUUAUUGUAUACUUUUCAAUGGGGCUUGAAAUCGAUGCUGGCAAGUUCUUCAUCUUCUUUUUAGCAAUAACAAUGAACUCCUUUUGAGCAAUGUCAAUGGGAUUAUUCCUAUCAGCUGCUGUGCCUAAUGAAGAAUCUGCCGUUGCUUUGACUAAUUUGUUUGUUGCUCCUGCACUACUUUUAUGUGGAGUCCCAGUCAAUCUUGGAACACUUGAUCCAUGGGUUAGUUGGCUGACGUAUAUCUCUCCUCUAAGAUAUACAGUUGAGAUAUUGGUGAGAAAUGAGUUUGAAGGAAGAGCUUUCUCCGGUCUCGAGAAUCCAGUAAGCAUGCUGGAGUACAAUCUAAGCAUUCCAUUCAACUUUGGGAUGCUGGCAAUCCUCAUUCUGCUAUUCCGAGCUCUGGCUGUCUUAUUCUUGAGGCUGACGUCAAAGAGAUAAGUUAAGGAGUUUUCAAUUUAAAAAACUGUAGAUGGG